AUGGUGACUGAGGAGGAAGUGGAGGCCAUCGGCCGGACGCUGGUGGACACCAUGCAGCCCCUGAAGGCUCGUUUCCGAGCCCUCUUCACCCUGCGCAACGUGGGCGGCCAGGCCGCCAUCGACUGGAUCAGCCGGGCGUUCGGGGAUGAGUCUGCCCUUCUGAAACACGAGCUGGCGUACUGCCUGGGGCAGAUGCAGGAUGAGCGUGCCAUCCCCUGCCUGGUCCGGGUACUGCAGGACACCAGCCAGGAGCCCAUGGUGCGCCAUGAAGCAGGGGAAGCUUUGGGAGCGAUUGGGAACCCCCAGGUGCUGGAUGUUCUGAGACGUUAUUCGGAAGACCCGGUGAUUGAGGUAGCCGAGACCUGCCAGCUGGCGGUCAAGAGGCUCGAAUGGCUGCAGAAGAACAAGGAAGCACCUGGCGCCGGCCCCUAUCUGUCUGUGGACCCGGCUCCCCCUGACGAGGAGAAGGACGUCGCCAAGCUGCGGGAGACCCUGCUGGAUGAGUCGCGCCCGCUAUUCGAUCGGUACCGCGCCAUGUUCGCCCUGAGGAACGUGGGGGGCGAGGCCGCGGCGCUGGCGCUGGCUGACGGCCUGGUGUGCGGCAGCGCCCUCUUCCGCCACGAGAUUGGCUUCGUCCUAGGCCAGAUGCAGCACGAGGCCUGCGUGCCCCAGCUGACAGCAGCACUGGAGAGCGUGGCGGAGAACCCCAUGGUGCGGCACGAGUGUGCGGAGGCGCUGGGCUCCAUUGCCAAGGAGUCCUGCCUGGAGACGCUGCGGGCGUUCGCCCAGGAUGGGGAGCGGGUGGUGAGGGAGAGCUGCGAGGUGGCCCUGGACAUGUACGACUACGCCAACGGCCCCGAAUUCCAGUAUGCCGACGGACUGAGCAAGCUGCAGGCCUCAGGCUGA